CUGGUGCUCUGCCACUUGAGCCACAGCUCCACUUCCCUGUGCAGUAUCUUGACUUUAGGUUUAAAGAGCGUUUAGUGUCUUCUGCUUGGAACGAAUGUGAGUCAAAGCUCAACCAAGUGUGCAUUUGCAGUGAAGCCCUCUAAAGCCCAAGCCCACCACAUUUCCUGGGAGAGGCUGAGAGUGUUUAUGGUGUUUUAAAAUGUAUGCAAGUUACCUAGGAGAAAACGUUGCCCCCGGCCAGUCCCUUGAAGAUGGCAGAAGGCAGGCGAGUGGUAGAGCAGGUGUGCCUCGGGAUUCUCUGGGGAGUGGCAGAGGGCACACCAAGGAUAAAGCAGUCCUGAAAGCAAGCAGGGUCCUGGGCUCAGGUCUCUCACCUCACAGGGCGUCGCCGCGAUGUGCCACAGGGGCUGGCUGCUGCUCCUCCUGGCUCUGCUGCUUAGCUGCUUGCUGCUCCUGAGGAAGGAGGCUGUGCCCACCGGGGGCUCUGAAGCCCCGCAGUCCUUCUGGGCUUCUCCGGGGCCCCACCACAGCCGCUGCCUACCCAACCACACGGCGGCCAGCACCUCCCUCACCCUGCCCAGCCGGCACCGCCUUUUCUUGACCUAUCGCCAUUGCAGAAACUUCUCCAUUUUGCUGGAGCCUUCCCGCUGUGCCAAGGAUACUUUCCUGCUUCUAGCCAUCAAGUCACAGCCCAGUCAUGUGGAGCAGCGUGCAGCCAUCCGCGGCACGUGGGGCCGGGCAGGGAGCUGGGCCAGGGGCCGACAGCUGAAGCUUGUGUUCCUCCUAGGGGUGGUAGGGCCUGAACCCCUGGCCCAGCUGCUGACUUAUGAGAGCCGGCUGUUCGAUGACAUCCUGCAGUGGGAUUUUGCUGAAGACUUUUUCAACCUCACGCUCAAGGAGCUGCACCUGCACCGCUGGGUGGCGGCUGCCUGCACCCAGGCCCACUUCAUACUGAAGGGAGAUGACGAUGUGUUUGUCCAUGUCCCCAAUGUGCUGGAGUUCCUAGAUGGCCAGGACCCAGCCCAGGACCUCCUGGUAGGAGAUGUCAUCCACCAGGCCCUGCCCAACAGGAACACUCGAGUCAAAUACUUCAUCCCGCCCUCCAUGUACAGGGCCCGCCACUACCCACCCUAUGCCGGGGGCGGCGGCUACGUCAUGUCCAGAGCCACAGUGAGGAAGCUCAACAGAGCCUCUGAGGAGGCUGAGCUCUUCCCUAUCGAUGACGUCUUCGUUGGGAUGUGCCUGAGGAAGGUGGGGGUGAGCCCCAUGCACCAUGCUGGCUUCAAGACAUUUGGAAUCCGGCAGCCCCUGGACCCCCUGGACCCCUGCCUUUACAGGGGGCUCCUGCUGGUGCACCGCCUCCGCCCCCUGGAGAUGUGGACCAUGUGGGCAAUGGUGACAGAUGAGGGGCUGCAGUGUGCAGCAGCUCCCAGGCCUCAGCUCUUGGGGGUGGGCUGAAAAUAUGCAGAGUGGACUCAGUGCUGAUCUACUAGGCAAAAAGAGAGAACCUGGAAGACUGAUCCUCACAGGUGGAUAGGAAAUGCUCUUGUGAACCCUCCCCCACCUUGCUCGCUCUGAUUAAAAACACUGAAAUCUG